CACAGUCACAUUUGCUAUUUCAACUGAAUAAGCUUCAUUGGGUAGCUUUGGUUCUAUUUAUGUGAAAUUUUUUUUUUCAUUUUAUUUUAGCGGUUAAUAAACCGAAUUUUGGUAUCCGAGUAAAACGUUUUUAAAAAAAUGACCAAUUUUCGUAAAGUUGGUGAACGUUUACUUCCGUUGGAAGUCAGUCAUAUUCGAAUUAAUCCAUGCAUGGAUAUUGUUGCUUUGGCAUUGUCUAGUUCAGAUAUAGCUAUCAAUCGUUUAUUCUCAUGGCAACGUGUUUGGUCCAUUCCGAAACCUAAAAUUCAUCAAAAUGAUAACGUUGAAAUUAUCAAGAUUAUCGAUAUGGUAUGGUCGAUUGAUGGAAAAAUUCUUGCCGUUGCAUAUAAUCGACCAAUUGAUGGUGAAAAUCGUAAUAAAAAUUCGAAAAAUAUUGAUGAAAAUUGCACAACAAAACCAGAAUAUCAUUCAUCGAUUGCAAUGUAUUUAAUCGAAACAAAUCAAAGAGUUUGUGUUCAUAAUCUUUCAUUCAACAUAACCUGUCUAUGUUGGCAGGUAAAAAGCCAUUGUCCAGAUGUUGAAUCAUCAACAAUGAAAGCUAUCAAUAUUGAUGAUCUUAAUUUACCAUUGGAUUCUAUCAACAUUCCUUAUGUUGAUCUUUGUAUCUGUGAUGAUGAAUUAUUGAAUUAUCCAUUCAACACGACAACACAACAAUUGGGUAAAAAUUCAAAAUUGCCUGCAGGAGAUUCGAAUAAAAAUUCUUCAAGUAAAAAAUUCAAUUCAAUUCUACCACCAUUAACCAGGAUUAAUCGUCAAGAUGAAUUUGUAUCAUAUGAUCGUAUGAAUCUGUUACAGAAUAAAACCAUCAAUAUAUUGACCAUUGGAACCGAACAGAAUAUUAUUCUUUUUUAUCUAUUUGGUUAUUAUCAAAUCUUGAAUAUUGAUCUAAAACAAUUCAUUCACAAUGACCGUCAAUUACGAAUUGAUCGCAUUUGGAUAUCACCAGAUUUGAAUUCGAUUCAAGUUUAUUUCAAAUGUAACAAUAACAACGAUAAACAACAAGCCAAUUCGAAUUUAAUGUUAUUCGAGACACGAUUAUUUGGCAAUUUAUGGAAAGAAAUUUUUCUUGUCAAUCGUGUCCGUUUGAAUAUCGAUAUACGUGUAGAAUUUCUUCAUGAUACAAUCAAAGAAAUUUCAUCAAUUUGGUCCGAUGUUAUUGUCGAUAUCAAAUCACGUUUAUCCGGUUAUCAAUUAAUACCUGAGCAAACAUUUGAUGUUUCAAAUUCCCAACAAAUGGAUCAAAAUCGAAUACAAUUGAAAUUGAAAGAUUUUAUCGACAUGUUAAUAUUCGGCAAUAUAAGCCUGAAUCUGGAACGUUUUCUACAUGAUCUUAAUAGAAAAGAAACAUCGAAAUUAUAUCAUUCAUUUGAACAUUGUAUUGAUGAUAUAAAUCGUUUGAUCAUAACACGUUUGCUUAACACAUUGACACAGAUAUUGUCCUAUUUGGAUAAUCUUCGAGGAAUGAUUUUAAAUGAUCUAUUAUUCGGUGAUCUUGGACUGUCCAUUGAAAAUGUCAAUCAAUUUCGUUGUGAAAUAACGUGGAUGAUGGACAAAUGUAAUCGAUUGAUGACCACAAUGAAUGAUUUGAAAUGUAAAAUGCUUGCUGUAACAAGAUUGAUUUAUAAAGGAAUUUUUAUGGCACAUUAUUCACAUGAUCAUAAUGAACAUGAAUAUUCGAAAUAUUGUGAUGAUCAUCUGGAUAUUGGUCGUAUGACAUUGCAAGAUUUUCAUCUUAUUAUGGAUUUUUUCAAUGAUGGCUCAUUUACAAAUGGUUUUGAAUUUCAUCGUAUUGAACGAAUGCUUGAUCCAAAUUCACAAUCAUCAUCAUCAUCAUCAUCAAAAACAAGUGUACAAAUGUCUAAAAACGAUAAUGAUGAAAACAUACGAAAUCCGUAUAAAACGUAUUUGGAGGAAAGAUAUUUGAAAAAUUUUCUCAACAUUCUCAACGAUCAUAAAGGUAAAAAUUUCAACGAAAUGUCCGUUGAAGAUUUAUUUCGACUAUUUUCCGGAACAUUUUCAUCAUCAAAUGAUUCAAUGAUGAAAUUUGAUAAUCUACCCGAUAAAGAUAGUGAUGAGACACGAAAAUGGUUUGAAAUGUUGAUGAAUGAUUCGAAUAAUAUUGAUUCGAUUAGUGAAAAUAUUACAUCCGAUUGGUCACUUUCAGAACAUCAUGAAAGAUUAUCACGAAUUAAGCAACGAUUAUUUGGUGAUUCAUUUGAACAUAUGAAUGAAUUGCAAUCAAAAUUGAUUGAAAAAUCUGUGGAUAAAAUGACAUUUGAAUUUCAUCAUGAUUUCGAUUGUACAAAAGAAUUAUAUGAAAUUGAACCAAUAUCAUUGGAUUGUCAUAGUGUUCUGUGUUAUCAUCCAAACCUGAAUGAACAAUCAACCAGAUAUCUUUAUGUUGGAAAAUUUAAUCAAAAUCAUCAUGAUGAUAAUCAAACAACAAUGAUGACCAUAUUUCGUUUUCAGCAACCAUUGCAUAAUCAAAUUGAUUUAAUACAAUUUAAUUUGAUUGGAAAUUGUCAUUCAUCAUGUCAUUGUGUGGAUAAAAUUGGAUUCUAUAUUGAAGAUUGUCGAUUCUAUAAUUCUGAAUGGAUGACAUUGAUUAUUACUGAAUAUCAUCGAUUUAAUGAACAACAACAACAACAACAUCAUCGUCAUCAUCAACAAUGGAAAACAAUGAAUCAAAUAGAAAACAAUAUUUAUUACAAUGUAGAUAUUCAAAAAUGUUUGAUUCAAUGAAUGAUUUUAUUGUUGAACGAAUAACCAAACAAAAUAGAAAAACAUUCAAUAAUCAUGCAUGGAAAAUUGAUAUCGGUACAAUUAUGGAUCGUAUUUGGA